CCGUGUGCCGAUGACUUUCUAUGGCUUUCUUCUAGAUUCUGGUCGAUGGUCCUGUUCCGCGCGGCUUUUGGUCGGCUCAAGUCAGACAGCUGGGGGAUUCGUAAGCUGUCAUGAGCCUCUCGCCAUGGAGCGACCGAAUCGGCUCAGAUCCCGAGGCAGCUCUCGUUCGCUUUGGCGUUUGCCAGCUCGCGCCUCGAGGCUCGCAGUGCUGGUCUUGGGUGCCUUGCUUUUGCUAAGCUGCAGACACUGGGCCUUUGUGCCAGCACCUUCGUCUCGGGAGCCCCCCCCGCCAGAUGUCCUCAAGACUGCUGCCACUGGCGCGGCGGCGGUGGCUGGUGGCAUGGCCAUGGCCUCAGCAGCACUGGCGCAGGAAGGCGUCAGUUUGGGGCUUUCAGAGCAGGAUUUGACCCCGGAGACCUUCAGGCCUGUUUGCCCAGCCAGCGAUGGACUCUACGGCUUCGGCAAGGCGGCGGCCGAUGGGUUGUUAGGCUCCGAAGGGGCGGAGUACCGGCCCCUGGCCAUCGAAGCCUUGCUGCGGGUGAGGUUGGAGGUUUGUGUCCUGGAGUCCUUCGUCUACGAGGCGGUGGUGCCCUUCGUGCAGCGCAAGGGCCUGGGGUGGAUCCUCCCGUUCCACGAAACCAUCGACACGGUGAUCGCAGGAACGGUCUUUGCCGUUGCGGUGAACUUCAUCCUCUUCGGCACCACCAAGAUCUUGUCGGUGCUGGGGAUCUAUCACGAUUUCCUCAUCGGCGCCCCCUUGCGCCUCAUCGGCUUCGCCAUCUUGCCGGAGCGCAAGCCCAAGGAUACACCUCUCAUUCAGAUCAACUGGCCAGGAACAAAGUCACAGGAGCAGAUUGAAGAGGAGGAUAAGGAACCACCUGAACCGCCAGCAGCACCCUUGGCCAUCUUCGGUGGCAUUUGCAAGGGCUAUGGCAUCUUCGCCGAGAUCCUCAAGGACUUCCUGGAAGGUGUGGACACCUUCGCCGGGCGCUACCUCGCCUUCUUCAGUAUUUUAUACAUUGCUUUCAAGUGGGCACACUUUAGACUCUUCAAUGACUUCCCGCCCUUCUGACGGAGCAGAUCCAGAUCCAAAGUGAGCAGACCAGCGACGGAACGGAGCCAGCAGACUUUGAAGGUGCUGGAAAAUGGAGCCCGCGCGCGAGCUGCGUGAGGCUGCGCGUGAGCCGCUUGCGUUCGCGCGGCGGAA